AUGGCCCUCUUGGAGCCCAGGGAGAACCUGGAAGUGAAGGAAAGAAGGGGGCACCAGGAAAACCGGGGGACAGAGGUAAAAGAGGUGAGGAAGGACCGCGAGGAAAGCAAGGCCCUGCAGGUGAGGUCGGUGCACCUGGACCCAAAGGAUACAGAGGAUCUCCUGGCGUGGAGGGAAACAUCGGGCCGUGGGGGGGGGUUGGACCGCGUGGCGCUCUGGGGGACACAGGAACACGAGGCCCCGUCGGCCCGCCUGGAGUCAGAGGAUAUCCUGGUAAAGAUGGAGCUCAAGGGCCAGCCGGAUCACCUGGUUUUAAGGGCAAUAAGGGAUACCGGGGUGCUCCAGGAGACAGAGGAAGGCAAGGCCAUGCAGGGCCAAAGUCUUUUACCGUGUUUGAGAGGUGGGACCGAUGAUGAGAAUGAUGAGAAUGAAACAUUCACAGGGUGUGCCAGGCUCCAGGGGUCUGUCGGGCAGGACGGGGAGGUUCGGACCGGGGGGACCCACUGGGGCGGCAGGAGCCAAAGGCCAGAAGGGCUCACAGGGACACACGGGCAGUCGAGGGCAUUAAAGGCCAAAAAGGUGCAAGGGGAGAACCUGGGACACGAGGCAGAGUGGGACCUGCUGGUCCUCCAGGUGCUCGUGGAAACAAAGGAAUCCAGGGACCAAAGGGGAAAAGUGGAAAGCCUGGAAAGAAAGGGACCAAAGGACCUGUUGGGAAAGUUGGAGCUAGAGGCCAGCCAGGGAGGACUGGACCUUCUGGACCACCUGGAAAACCUGCAAGGUCUGAGUGGCUUGGAUGGUUUGCUGGGAGUUGAGGGGAAUGAAGGUGAUCCGGGUGAUGCUGGUUUCAGAGGAGCUGCUGGAACUCCAGGCAAGCAAGGCACGAUGGGAAAACCUGGGCCUCCUGGGAUUAGAGGUAACAGGGGAUCCGGAGGGCUUAAGGGAAAAACGGGUCAAAAAGGAAAACAUGGACCUCCUGGGCCAAUGGGGCCAAAGGGUCUUCCUGGACUGGUAGGAGAGAAGGGCCAAUCUGGAAGUGUUGGCAGGAAGGGUCCCCCAGGCGACAUGGGGAUGCUCGGAACAGUGGGUCCACCGGGGUUAAAGGGGAACCCUGGGUUGCAGGGCUUAAAAGGCCCAACGGGUCAGAAAGGAAAGCCCGGUGACAAGGGUCCUCGUGGUCCACCAGGAAGGGGAGGCUCCUUUGGAAUCAGUGGCCAACUCGGAAAGAAGGGGAUAAAAGGUGUCCAAGGCGGGAGAGGGCCAAAGGGAUUCAAGGGCAAACGUGGACCUACGGGACAACCAGGACCACCUGGUAAACUGGAUCACACACAAAAAAGAGGGUCAAAAUCUGGACCGGGACAAGGUCUGAGAAACGAGCAAAAACCAGAAACAAGACCAAGCACAAGCUCUAACCUGACAACUUCAGUGCAAUCUCCCAGUUUCCCGAAACUAAAGGAAGGACGACAAAAACAAUACAGGCCAAUAUUCAAAAGAUGGUCCAAAAGUGAUGAAGCUGCAGAGUCAUUCAGCUGGCCCCUGGGAACCAAAGCCAACCCGGGCACCACCUGUUAUGAAAUGAGGCUCCUAUAUCCACAUCUAAAUGACGGUUACUUUUACAUGGAUCCCAACCAAGGCUGUCCCUGUGAUGCUGUAGAGGUGUUCUGCAACUUUACAGCCGGAGGAACAACGUGCAUCCAUCCCCUUCAUUCACAGUUUACAGUGAGGUUAAAACAACAGACAGUGAAGCAAACGACGCCUGUGCAGUGGUUUACUCAGGAACAUGGUGGACAAAAGUUUGACUAUGCUGGCGUGGAUGUUGUCCAGCUGAGGUUUCUGCGGUUGAACAGCCGCACGUCUUUCCAGAACGUUUCUCUCAGUUUCACAGCAAAUCAUUCUACUGAUGCUGGUCCAGCAGAACCAGACAGUCAUGUUGUCCACUUACUGGGAGACUCUGGGAUACAAAUUGAUCCACGCCUGGUUACAGUGUCCAGGAAAGGCAGUGAAGUGCACGUGGCUGUAAAGGUUCUUGGCAACACAGAAGAGCAUCAAGGUGACAUGGAGUUACUUCCUGUAAGAGAGCUGGGCAUAGAGAUGAGCAGGACAUCUAAAGGUUUCUCUGAGAUUGCAGUGGUUUUAGGACCCCUCUGCUUCUUGUGAGCAUGAACUCGUGUGUGUAUAUUUGUGUGUUUGUUUACAAAAGCUGAUAGCACAGUAGCCUAAAGUGUACAAUCAUAGUAUAGUUUUGUUAAAGAUAGUAAACAUCUUUUUUAUGUUAAUGUAUAUUUAUUGAAUUAUGAAGUUGUAGCAUUUUACUGCUGAAAAAACAUUCUAAUUUUUUUAAAUAAAAUGCAAUUCUAUACAUCAUCAUAUGAAUUCAAAUCACUGUCCCUUGUAACUUUGUGUUCAUGGCUUUAAUUGGGGAGAAACAGACUAAUAUUGUACAAAUCGAAUGCUCAAUUUGUUUUGAUAACAUGGACCUGAUAAGUUUAAAGAGAAUAUUUUUGCACAUUGUCCUCUGAGACUAAUUUCAAUUUGAAUUGAUUUGAGCAUGUGUUUGCUGUGCUGG